ACUUUACUGGAAAGAUGAAGCCCGACGAAACACCUAUGUUUGACCCAAGUCUACUCAAAGAAGUGGACUGGAGUCAGAAUACAGCUACAUUUUCUCCAGCCAUUUCUCCAAUGAAUCCUGGAGAAGGCUUGGUUUUGAGGCCUCUUUGUACUGGUGACUUGAAUAAAGGUUUUUUUAAGUUACUGGGUCAGUUGACAGAGACUGGUGUCGUCAGCCCUGAGCAGUUCAUGAAUUCUUUUGAGCACAAGAAGAAGACUGGGGAUUACUAUGUUAUAGUUGUGGAAGAUGUGACCCUAGGACAAAUUGUUGCUACAGCAACUCUGAUCAUAGAACAUAAAUUUAUCCAUUCAUGUGCUAAGAGGGGGAGAGUAGAAGACGUCGUUGUUAGUCACGAGUGCAGAGGGAAGCAGCUCGGCAAACUGUUAUUAUCAACUCUCACUUUGCUAAGCAAGAAGCUGAACUGUUACAAGAUCACCCUUGAAUGUCUACCACAAAACGUCGGCUUCUACAAAAAGUUUGACUAUACAGUAUCUGAAGAAAAGUACAUGUGUCUGAGGAACCAGAAGUAAAGACGACCAUCAAGAUGAUGCUCCAAGGCUUUCCGGUUCAUUUUUGUUGCUGCCGCCAGUGAGCUCCAUACCUGCUAGACUGGAAAACCACUGUAGUGUGCAAUGUAGUAGUGACAAGAGCAUGCCUGUGGCUGCUUGGACUUGCUCUGAGUUAAGAGUACAAAUGAUCACAAAGGGGAUGAUUUUUAACCAAAGGAAUAUAUUUUCAACUUGAAUCUUUUCUUGCAUUGUAUUUUUCUAAAGUUUAUUGUCAUUUCCUGGUCGUCAAGGGUAUGAGUAGUAAAGAGUUAUGUCUGCUCCUUACUGCUCAUUUUUAAAUAUAUGUAUAUAUAUUGAAUAAGGCUGUUUCUUAUCACAAAAUUAUUUUAGUCUCAUCUAAACAGACUUAAGGGUGCACCAUUUCUCACAUCACAGGGAGUCAGACCCAUCUGUUGUUACAACCAGAUACAUAUCUGCACGUGUAAACAUGGUUGAACCUAAAAUCGCACACAACUUGGACAGUCUUUUAAUGAAACAAGAGAAAUGAAAACUGUGACAAGGUAAAACAGUUUAAGUAACUAUUUUACUAACUGUAGAGUUCUGUGCAGACAAUGCCUACCCACCUGUCUCACCUGUCACAUGAUGUUAGAAUCAUCCAAGGGCAGAUCUUGAGAACCGAGGUUCUUUUCUUCAUUGAGUGAGCAGCUGUCCGUGGGAUACUUUUACCCUGGUUUAUCAUGGCCAUCUGAAGCCUCUGAGUCACAAAAUAUGUAUGGUACUGCCUUUGUUACAUCCUUAAAAUAACAGUAGCUUUUCUAUUUAAUGUGA